AUGAGGCUGAACUUCAUCACAGUCCUGUCGACAUUGGCCCCCUUGGCGGCGGCAUCCCCCCUGGGCAGCCUCGGUCUUGCAUCCUGGGGUGUCGAAGGCUUCGCCAAAGACAACCCGAUCGGCACCACCACCGGCGGCAAGGGCGGUGCCACGGUAGUUGUCGACAAUGCGGCAGACUUGGCGGCAGCCGUUUCCGGAGACAAGCCCAAGAUAGUGCGCGUCAAGGGCGAGAUCAAGCUCCCGGCCCGCGCCAAGAUUGGCCCCAACACGUCGGUCAUUGGCGUUGGAGGUUCAGCUCACAUCACCGGCAGUGGUCUUGAUGUGGUGGACUCGACCAAUGUCAUCAUCCAGAACCUCAAAAUUAGCUUCAUCGAGGACAACGACUGCAUCACGAUCCGGAACUCAACCAGGGUCUGGGUGGACCACAACGAGUUCAAGUCUGACAUCUCCAAGGGCCCUGACUUCUUUGACGGCCAAGUCGACAUCAUUCGGGCCUCAGACUGGAUCACGGUAUCCUGGAACUACUUCCACGACCACUGGAAGUCGUCGCUCGUUGGAAACGACGACACCUUCCGGGACAUCGACUUUGGCCAUCUGCAUGUCUCGUACCACCACAACUACUGGCGCAACAUGGGCACCCGCGGUCCUGCAGGGCGCUUCGGCCACCAGCACAUCUACAACAACCUCUACGUCGACUUCAACUACCAGGCAAUCCACUCUCGGUCCGACAACCAGGUGCUUGUGGAGGGCAACGUGUUCAGAGGCAAGACCCGCGAGGCGCUCAGCACCUACGGUCUCGUGAUUCCGGAUGACUCGCCUAACACCUGCACGUGUGGUGACGAGGAGCUCGAUGGCUAUGCCAACUUGGGAGCCAAAAACGAUUGGGGCAAGGCCACGGUCAACAUUACGCAAGUUGGUGACUUUAAGAAGGCGCCUUACAAGUUCAAGUUGACACCUCUGCCCUUGGUCGAGCCCAUCGUCAAGCUCGGGGCUGGCGUUGGCAGGAUCUUUUGA